UGUGUGUGUGUGUGUGUGUGUCUGUGUGAAAGUAGGGAGGCAUGCCAAGAGGUUGUUUCACCUACUGUGAGAGUUUACUUCUGCUGAAACUAGUGGACAGUAACUCUUGCUCACCUUUUCCCAGUCUCCCCCCUUUUUUAACCCUACACCUUCUUGCCUUUCAAGACAUCAUGGAGAAGUGCUAACCAUACAUACACCAUUGGUUUUAGACAAUCUCUUUCAGUGAGAGGACUUGCCCGUUAUGAUGUCUGAUAGCCCAAAGUGUGAUAUUGGACAAGAGAGCUCACAGGACGAUUCACCAGGUGGCCCGUCAGACGGAGCCCAGUCUUCACCCCAGCGGAGCCGAGCUGUCAUGCUACCCAAAGUGGAGACAGAAGCUCUGGGACUCGCUCGAUCGCAUGGGGAACGGGGGCACAUGCCUGGACAUAUGCAAGCACCCCAGUAUAAAAUGAUGGACUAUUCCUACGACGAAGACCUGGAUGAGAUGUGUCCUGUGUGCGGGGACAAGGUUUCCGGUUACCACUAUGGGCUCCUCACAUGCGAGAGCUGCAAGGGCUUCUUCAAGCGCACAGUCCAGAACAACAAGCGCUACACGUGCAUCGAGAACCAGAGCUGUCAGAUCGACAAGACCCAGCGGAAACGCUGCCCCUACUGCCGCUUCCAGAAGUGCCUCACAGUCGGCAUGAAACUGGAGGCCGUGAGGGCAGACCGCAUGCGAGGCGGCCGCAACAAGUUUGGCCCCAUGUACAAGCGGGACCGGGCGCUGAAGCAGCAGAAGAAAGCUCUUAUCCGCGCCAGCGGCCUGAAGAUCGAGGCCAUGACACAGGUGAUGCAGAGCGUGCCUACCGACCUCACCAUCUCCUCAGCCAUCCAGAACAUCCACUCCGUCUCCAAGGGCCUGCCGUUAAGCCACGCCGCGCUGCCGCCAAUCGACUACGACCGCAGCCCCUUCGUCACGUCGCCCGUCAGCAUGGCCAUGCCGCCACACGCCGGCAGCCUGCAGGGCCACUACCAGGCCGCCUACGGCCACUUCCAGAGUCGCACCAUCAAGUCCGAGUACCCCGACCCGUACACCAGCUCGCCUGAGUCCAUCAUGGGCUACCCGUACAUGGACACGUACCAGAGCGGCUCGCCGCCCAGCUUCCCGCACCUCAUCGUGGAGCUGCUCAAGUGCGAGCCAGACGAGCCGCAGGUGCAGGCCAAGAUCCUGGCCUACCUGCAGCAGGAGCAGGCCAGCCGGGGCAAGCACGAGAAGCUCAACACCUUCGGCCUCAUGUGCAAGAUGGCCGACCAGACGCUCUUCUCCAUUGUGGAGUGGGCACGCAGCAGCGUAUUCUUCAGAGAGUUGAAGGUUGACGACCAAAUGAAGCUCCUGCAGAACUGCUGGAGCGAACUCCUCAUCCUCGACCACAUCUUCCGGCAGGUUCUCCACGCCAAGGACAGCUCCAUUCUCCUGGUGACCGGCCAGCAGGUGGAUUAUGCUGUAAUUGCCUCCCAAGCCGGGGCCACCCUUAACAACCUGAUGAGCCAUGCACAGGAUCUGGUGAGCAAGCUGCGCGCCCUGCAGUUUGACCAGAGGGAGUUCGUCUGCCUCAAGUUCCUGGUGCUGUUCAGCCUGGACGUGAAGAACCUGGAGAACUUCCACCUGGUGGAGAGUGUGCAGGAGCAGGUGAACGCGGCGCUGCUGGAUUACGUCAUGUGCAACUACCCGCAGCAGACGGACAAGUUUGGCCAGCUCCUGCUCCGGCUGCCGGAGAUCCGCGCCAUCAGCCUGCAGGCCGAGGAGUACCUCUACUACAAGCACCUGAACGGGGACGUGCCCUGCAACAACCUGCUCAUCGAGAUGCUCCAUGCCAAGCGCGCCUGAGACAGGGAGAGGAGAGGUAGACAGACUCUAAGACAAACAGACUGACAGACAGACAGACAGGUGAACGUAGGAGAGAACGAGAAAGAGAGACUCACCACAACAGCCGAGGCAGCUCAGAACAGUGACUAACUUGAUGCCGUCAUCACCAUCAUUGCUUCCAUUGUGCCACUGCAGAAGAGAAGGUCAAACCCUGAGCUGAUGUGAAUGAUAGCUGUGCGGGAGAGUUAUAAAGGGGCAGCCUAGCAACUGUGUGUGCAUCUUUUUCACCACCCAUGUAUCAUAUGUGAUACAGUUCACUAAAAGCCAACAAAGACACACAUGUACAAAAGCUCAUGCCAAUCUCACGAUCCCUUCAUCCUCUGAGGUGGUGUUGGGGUGCCAGUAAGAGUUGUGUUGGUUCAUGACGACCAUUUACCAAAUCUUCAGCGACACUGUUGAACAAACAAACACCAAGACAGAAACAAAAUGGUGGGACGGAAACAAAAAAAAGACGGGUGAAUGUUGAGAGACUUCAAACUGGUUGAGUCUACAACUGUGACACAUGUUUGGUUUAUUGCAGAUGGAAGAAAAGAAAGAAAUUCACGUGAAGAAAAAAAAAGAGAUCAAACCUCCACGAACAAAAGACUCAACAGAAAAAGUGAGAUGCAGACAAAACAACCGAGUUCACACUUAAACCCAGUGUGAGGCUGUGUGUGAGAAAAGGUAGAGCCGAUAGAGGGAGAGAGACAGAGAGGAAGACAGACACAUCUCUCCUUCUCUGAAGGCUAAGUGAUUGAGCCAACCUCAGAGGGCUCCGGCCCAAGACUCUUUUGUUCAGGAGUUGGUACUUUGGUUGAUGCUGGUUUAACAAAAGCCUCUUCCACACUGUCUUGUCUGUUUUAAGGCACUCGGGGCAUUUUGAACUUCCGACUAUGAGAGAUUAACUACACAGACUAUGAGAAAUGAACUCCAAAUGAGUGGCGUUUGUAUUCGCCACCUCACCUUGAAGACUUUUAUUAGCAUCCCCUCAGCAAUUAAAAAAAAAAAGCAAUUUAAAAAAAAAGUACAAGAUGAAUCAAAGCAAGAGCAAGAAACAUGUACAUAAUGACGCAAAAUAAAAAGAGAAGACUACAGAUUUAAAAAAUGGCAUCUCUUUUAAACUGGCAGCAAUUUUCUUCCCCUUGGUAAUUCUGAGGAGCUUCUUUAACCCCUCUGUCAAGUGUCAUAAGUUUAAGUGCUUACCUCAUACAGUACAAUGUUGAUGGGAGAAACUGAAUACUGUCAAUUUGGUAAUUGGUUCAUACAGAUCUGUCAACCUGUGCGUUUCUGAUCAGUUCCUCUGUGAAAAGUCCCAAGCAUUGAAACAACUGUGGCCAUGUUUUCUGUUCCCAUAAUGCAACUGUUUCGCGAUGGAACGAGGUCAGACAGAGAUGAAGAACUACUGCCUCCGUCAACACAAGACCAAAGCCUUCUGCAAAACAACCACCACCACAGAAAGAACAACUCAUCCUUAACUAUCAGUAUUAUACAUUUUUGUGAUGUCACAGUUAUGUGAGUCUUGCCUUACUUCAUUAUCAUGCUAGCUAACCGUGCAGAUGUGAACUGAAAUGUGUACAAAUAUAUAAAUAUAUAUAUAUAUAAAGUAUUAAUGUUGUAAAAUUAAAAAAGAAACAUGGAAAAAUGACGAACAUGGAUACACAAUGUGUUUACAUUUACGUGGUCACGUGAGAAAGAACUGUGAUAAAGACUAAAUUACAAAGCAAUGGUUUCCUGAAAGAAUAGAAGAGAAACAAAAAAAAAACAACAGUUCCUCUGGAUUGCUUUUGUUGGUGUGUACAGUUUUUUUUUCAUUCUAUUUUUUCUCUUUUGUUUUCUUUUUUGGAACAGUACUUAAUGAUGUCGUGAGACACUAAAAUCAGAAAGGAAUCUCACUUAAAUCCAAGUUUCUAACAUUCUGUUUUGUUGCUCAUUUGAUCAUUUGCAAGGGUUUCCAUAUUUUCUUCUCCGUAUAUGACAUGUCAUUUUUGUAGAGCUGUCUUUCUUAUGUUCUACCGUUUAAUAUAUGUCCCUGGUUAAGCUUUAAAAUUUGGAGAUAAUUUAUUGUGUCUUGGUUUUCAUUCUUGUGUUUGGUUAGAGCACAGGAAUUGUGUUUACUGUGGCAUGUGUUAACAAAAAGAAGAGAAAAAAAAACACUGUGGAAAUGAGAUGCGGUUCAGAACCACACACACAAAAAUCAUCUUUUAAACCACCACAGUCCUCUCUGUUAAAUACUGUAUCUUAUUUCUUUGACCUCACAUGCAAACAACGUAUGAAAAAAUAACAUCAGAAUAAUUGUAUUUAAGUUCAAAUGUGCAAUUUGGUGCAUCACUUUUUUGCUAUAACUGAAUUUGAAACAGCUUGACUUUGAAACAUGUUUGUUCUAUACCAAAGACAACAUCUGUCCCCCGAGUUAUGGUUUUGAGUCCUGCAUUAUAAAGAACGAGCAACAGUGUCAAGCAGCUGAUCUCUUUUCACCCAGUGAGAAGGUUGGCAUUCCUUGUUGUCACUUUUGUGGAAUUUGGAGGUUGUCUUACUCAAUUUUAUUAAGUGUCAAAGUAUUUAAAAAACAAUAUCUGAGCCAUGGUGACACACACACUUACACACUCACACCCACACAGACACUCAUACAAACAGAAAACAUAUGGAAUCCUUAAGAACCAUCAUUUUAAUGAUUUGCACAAACAAUAACGAAAUUCCUGGCUGCAACACAAACACAAACAGAAUUAUUUGAAGGCUGAUCACAUUUUGUAAAUAUUGGUGGUAUAGUUCUUUUUUAAACUGGACAGGUGAUGUCCCUGAGCCCUCUAGCUGACUGGUUUGUAUGUUUGGUGCUUUCCAUGGUUUUUUCUUCUGUCUUGUAUGUGUUCAGACAAUCUUUAAUGCAUCACGGCCCUAUUACCUGUGCUUUUCUGAAUUACAGCUGCCUUUGAUGUCAAUACACACCUAUGUGCGUGCACACACACACACACACACACACAUACAGACACACACCAUCUUCUAAUCUAGUCAUCCCUCUCUCCCCCUCUUUCUCUCCCUCUCUCUCUCUCAAACACACACACGGACAUACACACACCAUCUCCUAAUCUGGUCAUCCCUCUCUCUCUCAAACAGACACACAGACACACAGACACACACACAGAGGUUCACAUUGUUUCAGCAGUCUCCACAACACAGCUAGACAGAUGUCAGUCACUCAUGCUGAUUCCUCUGGCGGGAAGCUCUUACCAUGGAGCUGAUGGAUUUCCCCUUACCCCCUCUUAUUUAAAUAAAUCAUUAAUAUUA